AUGCUGACGCCUCCCAUCCCCAGCCGACCUGCCAAACAGGCGGCAACGCCCGCCGGCGACACCGCCAGCGACAACGGCGACCCCUUGGUCGCGGCACCCCCGCAAGUCCCGCGGCGGCCUAACCGGGACCCCCGCCCCGACCCCGACGCCACCACGCCGGAAACCGACUCGCCUCGCCUCCCGCCACCCCUGGAAACCGAUGCUGGCGCCGAUAAACCCAUCCCCGAGGUGCCCAGUCGUCCGGGGCGCCGGACAAACACCACCGAGCUGGUCACCUCGGAACUGACCGCCGAAUUGACCACCGAACCCGCUCCCCUGAAGCCGUUGGAGCGGUCGCUGCUGACGGCGAUGAGCGAGCUGCUGAUCAUCGACGCCUACGCCGCCACCCCCCAUCGGGACCUGAUCCCGAUCCCCGAACAACUGGGGCUCGCCGGCGGUGGCAACGACGACGACGACGACGGCGAUAAGACCCCCGGCAACACCGAGCCGCAGGUGUCGAUGAAAGUGGAGGAGGACGAGCCGAUCCCGGGGGGGCCCGAAGACCUGCUGUUUGACGACGACCAGGAAACCGUGAGCCAGGACGUCGAGGACCAACGCGACCGCAACCAUAUGGUGCUGACGCUGUCCCCGGCGCCGUCGGCGGAAUCCCGGUUCGGCCACCCUGAGGCGACCCCCGUCAUCGGCUCCGAAGCGACGCCUAAAACAACCGACAACACCUCGGAAACUACCACAGAAGAGCCCCAGACCGUCACCUCUUCGGAACCCACUGAAGCCAAGAUCGCCGCCACGGAGUCAAGUGGGAAGGACGCUGCUGAAUUGGACCCUGUCGAACCCGUCGAUAACGAACCGGUUGAACCACAGCCAACACCCAAGCAACCCCUGGAAACGGUGACACUUGACAAAGAUGCCGACCCCAAACCCGUGUCCACGUUCGAGGAGAUCGAGGAAAAAGUCAACGAGCAACCUCAGGCUGACGACGAGGCGAAGCCAGUUAAUCACGACGAUAACUCGGACGCCACAGCCACCCGGUCCCUGGAUGAUGUCGAGGCACCGACGACCAACGACAACGUUAACGACAAUGACAAACCAAAGGAGACUAACCCUGAACAAGAUGUUGGCGAUAAGAAAACGCUGACAGCUCCUGGAGAAGCGACAAAACCCUCUCAACCAAUUGAUGGCGACAAACGCGAACCAUCGACAUCGACGGCAACGCCGGUGAUUCCUAAACGCCCACAACGACCUUCCGUCCCCAGUCGCCCGGCCAAGAAGCCUUCCGUUCCCAGUUUGGCAUCGACGGCAGCCGCUGACGAUGCUACGGCGGCGGCAAAACCCAAGGCGCCUCCUCCCAAACCGAAGAAGCUUUCCAGUAAGAUUGCCGCGUUCCAAGAGAUGUUGAAGAACCCGCAACCGCCAGCGAGACUGGCGUCGCCCCCGAAGGACGAAGGGUCGUCGUCGCGUAAGCUUUCGGCGGAUAAGCGCGGGUUCGCUCAAAAUCUCCAGGGGAUGAUGGGCAUGGGGGUUCCCUUGCCGGGUAUGGCGGCCACCCCAGAAAUGCUUCGCAAAUUGAAGUCUCAGGAUGACGAUGCCGCCGAUGACGACGAUACCAAGCCGUCGACGAAAGUGGCGGGUCCCAGACGGGCUCGGGGACCGAAGAAGCGGCUUCCCAAAGCCCUUGAAGAGGCGAAGAACGCCACACACACCCCUCGCUACCAAAUCUCGACUGGGACGCUCUGGUCAAUAACUCCCGCCGCCGAACCGGCGCCUCCUCUCGAUUCACACCGCACCGAUCUGAUUGUCUCGGAACAGGGUAUUGAAGAAGACCACAUGUCCGAAUUGAAAGAGACGGUUACGUUGGUGGAUGACAGCGAUACCGACAUUUUGAACGCGCUGACGGUGCAAUCUCACCCCAGCGAAGCUGCUGAUGACGCCACCGUUGGACCUAGAGAAGGGGUCGCUGACGCCACCGUGGAGCCGACCACCCCCUCGACAAAUACCCCUUCGACCGAAGAUUCUCAGCCUACUGAAGUACCGAGACCGACAGCGGAAGAAAGUGCCAACGUACCGCAUGUACCUCGACGUCCAGGGCGACCCGCCCAUUCCCCCGCCACCACCGAGGGCAAGCCGAUCCACGAUGACACCAACGGUGCGUUUGGAAAGGUGCAGGGUGAUAUCCCGGGGAGCUUCCCCGAAGGGGACACUCACGUUGUCGUCAACCCCGUGACCCGCACUGCCUCUGACCUUGAUGAUAGCGUCGCUCCUAGUGUUGGCAUGGGUUCGCAAGCCACCACUGAAGGGGACUGGAUCAGAGGCAUGUUCAGAACCGAUAGUGAUCUUGGUUCUGCUCGAGGUGCGGGUGAAGGCGACUUUACCCGCACCCUGACCUAUUCAUCGGAGAAGCCUGAUGGCCUCGUUACCGAGGGCUUCUCUCGCUCGCUGACUUUCGACCGGCCCCCCGCGAUGACCACCACCCACGAAGAGUCCGAGGAAGCGCCCGACGGCAACACCGAGACAUCGUCGUUCGAGGAAAUCACCGCCGGCGUCGAUGACGAUCACUUUGUCGAAAUCAAAAAACAUGAAGAUUAG